AUGAUUCCAGACUCCAGUCCACACUACACCUACGCCACCAAAAUCACCACAGCCUACCUCCACAGGGAGGCAGGAUCGUACGCUAUCGGGCACGAGCCCACGCCAGAGACGCCAGUGCCGCUCAAGAUCGCCUACAGGCGCUACGAGGCCACCAACGCCAUCCCACCAGCUGCUACCGCCAUCAAUCUCGUGUUGUUCCACGGCACAGGCAUGAACAAGGGCCUCUGGCACUACCACAUCGACCAGCUCUACCGCAGGUUCAGCUCCAGCGCCACUAUUCGCAUCAACACCGUGCUAGCAAUGGACGCAAUUAACCAUGGUGACUCUGCCGUGGCCAACAGGGGUCGUUUGGGGUCCCGCUACGACUGGCGAGACGGUGGCUACGACAUUGUCAAGGUGGUGACCAAGGACGAGGCUUCCAGCUUCCUCAGCUCCCAUCAGCGUCACAUUAACGUGUUGGUAGGCCACUCGUUUGGUGGGUGUACCGUGAUGUUUGCCGCCUCUUUUGGCCUGGAAGUGUUCGAUUGCUGCAUUCCAAUCAACCCAGUGUGCUACUUUGCUCCCGAAGAGCGGUUUGUGAGGCAGAAGGCCAUGACUGACUGGUGGUACAAAGGAUACUUGAACAGCAGAGUGGCUGUGGCCACUGCACAAGAUUACUGGCUGGUGGUGCUCAAGAAAUACCAGAAAAAUGUCUUCUACGCUAGAUUCCAUCCGCUGGUAUUGAGCAAUUUCGUGGAGGACGAGAUUCCACCAGAGGUAGGAUCGUUGGCGGACGGAGACACCUUGGAGCUUAAAACGUCCACUGAGGUGCAGAGGCUCCUCUACAGCUAUAGUGACUUCAACGACGCCAAUGGCCAGGCAGCGUUGGCCAACAUAAAAAUUCCUGUGUUCUUGAUCUAUGGUGAAAAUGAUUUGGCAGAUGCAAAGAACAGAAACCACACCCGCGAGGUGUUGAAACAGAGUUGCAGAUACAUUGAGAUUCCCAAGGGAGGACAUGUAUUGCACGCAGAGGAGCCCGACUUGACAGUGCACUUGUUGGGGUUGAUCAUCGAGGAAAGGUGCAUCAUUAGAUCCAGGCUCUAG